ACAACUACAGUACACAACCCAAGUCUUGAAUACAAAUGCGUUGCACCUUCGUUUUAUCUUUCAAUCGAACAAAAAAACGCUAAUAACACGUAUACAUAAUCACCCGCUGGCAAUUACAGGUUGUGCAACAAACGACACAAUCACAAGGCUGAAGGUUUCUUUUGAGACAUUUUUGAUUUUGAACUUCAAUUUUUUAUUCUACUUUUAAAAUAGAAUAAGUCAUUAUCAAUAUAAUGACACCUACUGCAAUGAAAUAAGCAAACAGACGGAUUAAGGUUUUAAAAUUUUGUUGCUGAUAAUAUGAUGCUGAUACAACCAGAGUUAUGAUAAAAGCGUAAAACGUAGACUUUGGGACCAUAGCAACCCGCUUUACUAAAUAUCAACGCAUAAGUUGCCCUUGACACGGCACUCACGAUUCUGCGUUUACCAACAACAUUUCAACAACAGCCAACCGCUUACAUAAAACUGUUUUAAAAAAUGGCUGAUGAUUCGACAUCGCUACUCGGAAUCGUUCACGGUAAGCCUAACAAGCAACAACUAUUAUUCAUACCUUGUGAUGAAGAAAAUCUAAGAAACACCAGUCACGAAAUAUCUGAACAUGUCCUUUUUCAAUAUUUACUCAACGAUUACGCAAGCCCGCCCAUCAAAGAAAAAUUUAGAACUUGCAAACUGUUGCCAAUUCCAAGAGAAAUAAACCCCGAAUCCAAGAUAACUCAAGUGGAAACUCACCGUCGAAGUGGUAAGCCCAUUUUAAAAACUGGACCUUUCAACAUUUUCGUAGUCUUCAAAACUGUUUGUGAAAAAGACGGAGAUUGCUGGUGGUCAUUGGAAGAGACCGUGAAACACGCAGUCAUACUGCAACGAUCCCGCGACAAAGAUUCAAUCAAGAAAAAGUUUAAAGAAACUGAACUCGUUGCUGACGAAUUGGAAGGAAAAGGUUGCAUGAGAGAACUGCUAACAUUUUUGUGGAUUCACAUGAUUGUAGAUGCCAAAUACCAACGUGACUUGUCACGUUGCGAGUCAAUCAUUCCGUUAAUCAUUCAAAAAAUCACGAAAAUGUGUUUCGAAUACGAGAACGAUUUCACUUAUUCUGCUCUGUCCGCUGAAGAAAGGAACCCCGACUUGUCAGAUAUUAUUAAUUUCCUUUCAAAUGUUUCCAAUUGGCAUCCGCUUGUCGUUGCAACUUAUUUGGGAGACGCUGAAUUACUCGACAGAGUCCAGCAAGACGGAAAGUACAACAUCAAUGGCGUGUACAACAACUUCACUCUGCUCAACCUGGCUAUUCUAUUUUGUAAAACUAAAAUGGUUCAACAUCUUCAAGGGAAAUUGAAAGCCCAUCCACUAAGUUGCGACGAAAAGGGAAGGAAUGCACUCCACAUGGCAGCCAAGUUCAACAAUGAAACGGAAAUCAUCAACUUGUUGUUAAAAAAUAAAAAAAUUCAAAUCGACCAGUGUGAUACUAAUGGAACGACAGCCCUGAAUCACGCAAUCAUGGCAUCCAACACCACAGUCGUUCGUUACUUAUUAGAUAACGGCGCAGAUCCCAAAAGAUUGGACCAGAUUGGCUGUUUGCCACUUCAUGUGGCGGCAUCCUACGCCACAGACAUGAAGAUCGUCGAUCUAUUCCUCAUCAAAAAGAGAAUAAUUAAUAUUGACGAAUGCAAUAAAUCUGGCGAAACUGCCCUACAUAUUGCCGCCAAGGCGUCCAACGUCACAACCGCUCGUCACCUGUUAUCAAAGGGCGCCAAUAUAAACCGACGUGAUAAGGAAGGACUUACUCCACUUUUAGUGGCCGCAAAAUUUGCCAAGGACAUGGAAUUGAUCGAUUUGUUUCUGAACAAUAAAAAGGUUUAUCUACAUUAUUGCGACGAACUUGGGCAAAAUGUUAUCGCCUAUGCAGAGAAAAACACGUACGGAUUGCGCCAAGAAAUUAUUGAUCGCGUCAAAGAGAAAGAAGACGUAGUAAUUAAAGAAUACAACAUACUGAAACUGGCCAUGUCUGAAUUGCAUACACCCAUCUGGAAAAGUCUCGUUUGGAACCUAUACAAUUACUUCAGUAGUAUUGAAUCCUACACUUGGCUUCAGCCGCUUUUAACUUUAAUCGCCCAUUCGCCAGUAAAGAAAAACAUUCAAUGGAAACUGUUCUACGUCCCUUUUGCCGACCUGAGACCCGGAAAAGGCAGCGAAAUAUCCCUGACAGACUUUAUUCGAAAUGAAGAAAGUAGGCAACAGCUGAAUUCGGCGGAAUCUGAAACGCUCAACAUUUUCGGCGACAUCGCUCACGAUUCCGAAUACACGCAGAUCCAAACUUACCAAAGCAACAGCAAUUCCAAGACGAAUUUCAUGAGGGCUUCUACUGAGUUUGUCAUUUUCAAGACGACUAGUGAAAAGGACGGAGAACGCUGGUGGUCCAUGGAUUUCAACGGGAGUUCCAUCGUCCUGCAACGGUCCCGCCGCAUAGACGCAGUCAAAAAUAAGUUUGGAGGCAAAGAGCGAAAGAACGUCACACUCAUUAGUAGUAUCAACUUGGAAGCAAGAGGCUCGAUUAAGACCUGCUUAGCACUACUUUGGGCCCUACAUAUUAUUAAAGAAAAAUCACAGGAAAAUCAUUUAAAUUCCAAAUCCUUCAUUAGAAUCACUAACGUUGAGGACAUGGAAGACAUGGGUGCUAUUGUGAAAGAUUUGAUGGAUCAAAAUCCACAAUUUUUUGAUUUAUUUAACAUUCUUACAAGUACCCCCAAUUCGACUCGAUUAUUCUUUCCCAUUUAUUACGGAAAUGCAGAGUUGUUUGAUGAAUACGUUCAAGAAUUUGACAUUGACAGUAAUGAAAUUUACAGUGCGCUCAACUUGGCGAUUGCAUUUCCCAAUAAAACGGAAAUGGUUCGACACCUGUUGGAAAACUACAACGCCGAUCCAACGGCGCGACUUUUAUUAGGGAGAAAUGCACUUGAAAUGGCCGCCAUUCACGCAGAUAACACGGAGAUAAUCGAUUUAAUCCUACAACACGAAAACGUGGAAAUUGACGAAUGUAACGAUUAUGGGACAACUGCACUUCAUUUCGCCGCCCAUUCGUCAAAUGUCGUCGCUGCAAGACAUUUGAUCAAAAUGGGAGCAACACCCAACCUGUUCAACAAAAAUGGCCUUUCCCCACUUUAUUUUGCAGUACAUUAUUCAGACGACACGGAGAUGAUCGAUUUACUUUUGGAAGCUCAAAAGAAAAGUCAAGGCGAAUAUGGGAUCGACACUUUCGAUCCUCGCAAUUCCAUUGAAUGUACUGCUCUACAUAUGGCCGCCAUCGCCUCCAAUGACAUCACGGCCAAACAUUUGAUGAAAAGGGGAGCAGACCCCAACGUAAAAGACAAAUUUGGUCGCACGCCAUUUCAUUGUGCGGUGGUCUGGGCCAAGGACAUGGACAUCGUCGAUGUUUUUCUGAACAAUAAGCAAGUCGACGUCAAUUCGCUGGACAUUGAUGAGAGAAAUGUGUUCUACUACGCCGAAUGUAACGAGCACGGACUAACCGAAGAAAUUAUAGAUCGACUGAACGCUCCACGUAAUCCAGCGAAAUCUAGACGUCCGCUUAUCUUUUUAUUAGUUUUCAUCCUUGGCUUUUUUAUUUUCGACUCUCUGUUCACUUCAAUCAGUUUGUGUUUGUGUUUGUUUUUGAUUUUCUUAUUUCACAUGUGUAAGAUUUGAUUCAUCCGCUGCAUUAAAACCAAUUGCAUUUUAAGGACCAAUACCGGUGAAAUGAUUAUUUUAAACAAGACUAUUUUUAUCUACUUCUAUUUUAACCUCCUUCUAUCAAACUAUUUUAUCACAAAGGUGGUGGUGUCUAAUCCAAUUUGUCAAUUAACACCUAAUAUUGUCUGAAACAAAUUACGAGUAACUUUGCAAAUCUGCAAUAAUGAUCAAUGUUGACUCGCAGAAAAUAAAUGGACAUGUUUGACUCGUU